CUUGGCAAGGUUUAGGAACGUGCACAAUUAAGAAACAACACUUACAAAUCUCGCGAGAGUUUCGCAAAUCCAGGGUUACCAUCUAGAUACGACCCUGUCGAGUGUGUGCUUCUUAGUGUGUUGUUACCUAGCUACAUCUGCGUGUGUUUCUUGCAUGUAUGUUAGUGUACAUUGGAGCAAAUUGCCGUCCAUGUAUUACAGAGAAAAGUUGUAGCUACCGUAGAGCUAUCGGCGUGUCGCCGGAGGAAACGGACGUUAUGUCGGCAAAUAAAACAAAGAAAGUCAAAAUGGCUACGAAAUCUUGUCCUGAAUGCGACCAACAGAUUCCAGUUGCGUGCAAGUCCUGCCCAUGUGGUUAUGUGUUUAUUAGCAGAAAGCUCCUAAAUGGCAAAUUAAAUGAGCGCUCUUCUCCAGCCAUAGCAGACAAGCUAGACUUUAAACGGAGGAGGACAGAGCGCAUUCGCAGAGAGAGGAUCGACUCUUCCUUAACCAGUGACAUGGAGAACAGGAGAAGAUCCCGGGCCAACAGCCAGUCAGAUCCCAUCCGGAGGGGACGGGGCAGACCAAAAACAGUUGGGCUUAAGAAACAGGAAGAGGAAAAAGAGAAACAAGAGAAGGAAGUGGAUAUUUAUGCCGGUCUUUCUGAUGAGAAGGCCUUUGUGUUUUCUGUGGCCUUGGCUGAGAUCAACCGCAAGAUCCUGGGUCAAAGACUCAUCUUAUAGAUUAAAGCCUGAAUACCAAUCAUAGAAAAACUAUCAAAUAGCAAGAGGAUGACCAAAGAGGGCAGAAGUGGCACUGGAACUCAACGUUGACCUGGACGUGUUUCACUUGGAUGAUGGGACGAGAAAAAGUGUUGAAGCUUCAGAGUGAAGUAGAGGGUGUUGUCAUUGAAAGAAAUCACAGCUCUUCAGCACCCUCAAUUAUACACCCACCACAGACAUGCAAACACAUGUUUCUGGACUAAAAGCAUAGUCUGUGUGUUGUAAUGACAUACAUUGUUGUUGAUAGAACCAGGGCAAAAGAGGCAUGACAUUUCCCACCUGUUCUGUAGAUACAGACAUCUGAGUGUAUAAAUCCACACCCAUCCACACCAUACUGUGUUCUUAAAUGAGUUUAAUUUAGGACAGUGAGAGACUAAAGAAAUACUACACUUAUCUUAUUUGAAAUAAAUUAACUGUGUUAUCAAGUGCACAUCUUCAGUUGACUUUAGCUUCACAUUAAGAGAAGGGACCAAGACAUUUUGGUACCUGUGUUUUCUUAAACUGAAGAUGAUGCCUUUGUUAUUCAAACAGAAGCCUAUGAAAAACCAAUAGUGUAAAAUGGAAUAAAGAUUUUUUUUUUUUUUUUUUUGGAUUGCCAUUAAGUGAUCUAUCAGUAACGGUGAGCAUGUAGAGCAUCCUUGUUCAAGCUUUCACAUCACUUAUGUGUCCCUGAGCAAAACGAGCAUUACCAGCUCCAAGACUGGGGAAGACAAUGUAUUUCCUUGCAGGGAUUACAAACAUAUUGUCAUAAUUACUGCAACAUACAGUACACACCAUGUAGAGAAGUUUAUAGUAGGACUGUCAAAUCGAUUAAAAUUGUUUUUUUACACAAUUUGCUGUGAUUAAUCGCUUUUUUUCUUAAUAUUGAAGCUUGUAAUAAUGGAUAUUAAAAUGUUAAAUCACGACAUUAAUGUACAACAAACACCACAGAAGUAUAUUUAAAUUUAAAUACUAUUGUUUAAUGGCAUCUUUUUAACUUUGAAUACAAAUUCUCUCCUGUGAACUAGAGAUUUUCAAUAAAAGGCCAUUGACUGUCACCAUAUUUCUUAAAUGCACUAACAGAAAUAAUAACAAAAACCAGGCCUAUAUGUUAAGUAAUAAGUGCCAGUUGAAUUUCAACAAGGUCAGCAAUAGUCCAUGCAACUAUGAAAAAGGAAAGAUUCUGAUUCACACAUGGAGCACACAAAAUUUUUGUUUUUCUGUUAUCUGUUAUUUAGCCCCUUUCCCGACAAGAUAACAUGACACGGUUGGCACCAAUGGAUGCCUUCGGUCGUCUAGUUUCAUAUGAUACCAGUAUCUUUACUCUAGCCUGCUACAGCAUCUAAAACGCAUUGAUGUGUAAUUUUUUUUUACGCGUUUAAUUUUUGCAAUUUGAAAUAUUUAAUGUGAUAAUUUUGACAGCAUGAUGUAGAAUGUGUCAUUAUUGGCAAGAGAUAAAUGAUCAGUUGUUGGGCAAGAACAUGAAUAUUGAAUGUGGGGGGGUUAUUGCAUCUGGUAAUAAUUAUGUGUAGAUUAGGCUGUAGUCUGUUUGGUUAGGCACAUCCAAGCAAAGGUUUAAUGUGCUUUGUCCUUAAGUAAUUUUUUUUUAUUAAGGAUCUAAUGGUCAUUCUUAACUGAUGUUUGCACAAAAUACUAGUAUGUAUAGACUAUGUAUCAUGUUAGUUGCUGUCGUUAGGUGUUAUAAUAAAGGUUGAAUGUUAUCUA